GGCAACAGCACAUAGCAAUACAUGUCCCUUCACUGUAUAUACGCGGCACAGCUCCAUAACAACCACGGUGGCUGAAACACGAGGAACUAAUACAUUACCCACCGCCUACUCUAAACACUGUCCGAUUUUGUGGUGUGACCUUCUUUCUUCGUGGAGGCGAGGUGUCGUGGGUGAACCUGCUAUGGGUGUGGGUGUGCCAAGAAAGUGUUGUAUAGAAAAACUGCAGUGGGUAUGAUAUCAUGGCUACGACGGAUAGCGACGAAGCCAUUUCUCUCGUGCCUGGUGGCGGUGGUGCUGCUGACUCUUAUGCUGCAUUCAGAUCAGCGUUUUCCAUUGAUAGGAGAAAGCGUACUUGGAGGAGAAAAAGGAGGCGAGGAAAGGAAAGCUGAUGCGCUGGCGAAGAACUAUUGGGGAUUUUCGAAAAUUUCACAGUCCAACGAAACUAUCGAAAAAAUAAAAAACUUUACACUAAAUGAUAAAAUCUCUAUGGCUCAUCUCAAUCCUUCCAUGAAUUUGAUCACUGCCAACCACUCACUUCCAGGCUUCGUCAAUACAGAGGUUGAGCCUGAGAUAUUCAGCCCGAAACCCACGCCACAGCUUGAGGAGGCAUAUACAAGGAGGGCAAGUGUCAACAAGGUGCUGCUGCUGUCAUCUGUGGGUCGCAGUGGCUCCAGCUUCUUGGGCCAGUUGUUGGCUGCUCUGGAGAACAGCGUCUAUAUCUACGAGCCGAUCCGGGGCCUGCCGCCAUCAUCCCGGUUCAAGGACACCACGGACGAGCUGUUGAGGUACUUUAAUUGUACAGUCAGGAGUACUGUGUUUCAAGAAGGACCUAGUCGCAACAUUAUCAUCGUGCACUUCCCCAACGUACCGAAGAGGAAUCAGAUAACCCCCGACACUGCCGUGGAAAGGUGUCUUGCGGGGCCCCUAGUCAUAAUAAAGACCAUCAGGACGCGCCUCAAAUGGGUCCUGACACGUAUGCAGCGGAACGAGUUCGACAACGUAAAGGUGAUCCACUUGGUGCGUGAUCCCCGAGGUUCAUAUAUCUCCAUGAAGAAGCUCAAGUGGGGUGUGACGGAGGAAGAAAUGUGUGAUCAUAUAAACAGGGACCUCCAGGAAAGGAAAGCCAUGAUGUCCCUCUUCCCGAGUCGCUACACCUUUGUCAAAUAUGAGGACCUGUGCCGUGACCCUUACGGCCAGACCAGAAGACUAGUACGCUUCAUUCAGGGCAAAGGCGACGAGGAGCCAACAACCCUAGGCAAUAACGCCGAGUCCAGCAUCAACUCCACUGAAGCGGGUCGUGAUGCUUACUGGGACCUUCCAAAAGGUGUGCGUGACUACCUCCACCGUCACCUGCACAGUAGUCUGGCGCACAUGAGGGGCCCCUUCACGACGGUGCGGGACACGUCGUCCAUGUACCAGCGGUGGCGAUGGGUCAUAACGCAGGAGCAGCUGCAGGUGUUGGAGCCGGCGUGCCGGAAAGUUAUUGACACUCUCGGACACAGGAUGUUCCACAACUUCACCGCCGUAAGGAAUUCAUCUUUGUCUUUAUUUACUGACGAACAUUUAAGAAAAAGUCUUUCUUUGUAAGAAAAAUAAAUAUUUAUAAUUC